AUGGUUCGCGAUGUGUUUUCGAGUGAGUACCCUUUAUUCACCAUUUGCUUGAUGCGUCUUCUGAGGCAUAUGAGCGGGGAAUGGGAGAAUUUCCUCAGUUUUGCGAUUCUUCAUUCUCUGAACCCCGCCCUGGCUCACAAAGCCUCCAAAGACGCAACUAGAGUCUAGUGAAUAAGAUAAAAUGAUGAAAAGUAGAGCGAGACCUUGUCUUGGAAUGCGACAUUGGCGACCUUGUCGAGCAAUGGAAGCGGGAAGGCAUGUCUUUGGACCAGAUAAUUGAAAUUCUAACGCAAUCCUACAGUGCAACUGCUCAGGUUAUUUUCUCGAUGUUUGUUGGCUGAAUAUUUUUCGAUCUUGCUAUUCUUUCUCAUGAGCUAAUUGGUCCUAUAUAGAUUUUAUCAAAUCGGAAAAUCUUCAAGAUUAAUUCAAAAAGAUAUAGAAAAUUUCUGCGAAUAUCAAGGGUACCGGCUGAUAAAACUAUUGUAGGUGUGCAACGUCUUGACUUCUUUUUUCGUGGACCUUGGCGAUCAUAGGCCUACAAGACGUAGGAGGUCGCGGAAAAAUCGAGAGGAUGACGAAACAGCAGAUGGCGAUUUUUAUGAUGGACGAUUAGGUUUUCUUUCCACUUUCUAAUUUUAUUGGUUUCGUUUUUUUGAGUUCACGGAAAUUUCGUGAUCAAGAUAUUGCUGGGUUGAUUUUUUUUUACGCCGUGCAAACAUUUUUCCAAAAUCACCUUGCCACUCAAGUUUCAACAGUUUAUAAUUUUGAUACGGUGGCUUACCCUUUUCUGUGGUUGUAUCCCAAUUUAAAAAAAUAAAAUGAAAAAUUUCUGCUUUCAGUUAGGAUUUAUCAAUGAUUUUUGCCGAAAAAUUAACUAUUUUUUUGUUUGGAGAAGCCGAAAGAUGCGUUGAAAUGGCUCUUUCUACUCUCGUUGUCCGUUACUUUUCGCCUGAAGUGGCCGAUACAAUCUUUGAAGAAGAUAGCAUUGGUAUCGAUUGGCUGCCGAAUCUUAUUUCUCAUCGGUUUGUUCAUCAACUUUUCUUCCAUUUUAGUGGGCGAGAGGCUCCCUUGUACGACUGUUGAUGCUUAUAUCAACGGAAGAACAGACUUUUUUUUUCCCCUAUAAAAAAAAUUGAGAAAAUUUCAGCACAAAAGUGGGCGCAAUUCUUUUUUUCUGCUCAUCUUUUUGAAUUUUUUUUCAAAUGACCUAAGUAGGUGUUAUUAGGGUGGCAUAAAAGAAAUGCGGAUUUCAAUGUAACUUUAUUUAUUUAUAAAUUUAAAGAUUAUCACUGGUCAAUUUCAAAAGUAAUAUAUCUGCAUUAAUGACUGGCGAGCAACAUUCACGCCAAAAUUUUUUGAUAUAGUUGGUCUCCUGUGACGUCAGUCGAGAAGCAAAAUUCAUAAGCUUAUAUGAACAAAAAAGGAAAAACUGAGAGAAGGCUUGUCCCCGCCUGAAGGGCAGCGCACACGCCAUCAGUAGGUGAUCCAAUGAUCGGAACGGAUGGUAAAUUAAAAAAAAACCAAGUCUGAGUCCUUCAGCAGAUGAAACAGAUUUUCCCAGCUCUUUUCCACUGUUGUGCUGACAUUUCCACAAAAAGCGGAAAGUGUUUUUUUUUUUUGCUGUUUUUUGAACUUAUUUCCCCUUGAAGUUGCAGCUUAAUUUUGAAUACUAAUACUAUUAACACUGAUAAGGGUCCGCAGUGUCAAUUCAAUCAAAAAAUAAAACUCAGAAGUACAAAAAUUCUUAAUAUUGCACAAAACUCCAAUCUUCUUCUUUGUGGUUGUCGAGUUUUGCAGACGGUUUCUGUAUCUCACUAAAUUUAAAUCGCUGAGGCUUUUGUCUAUGUGGCCCCACUGAGCUCAUCUUCCAUCCGUUUAAAGAAUAGAAUAGUGAAAGCAACGUUUCUUGGGCUAAUGAGUUGGAACUCCAGCAUUUGCGAAGCGUGUCGUUCUACUUUGGUCACAGAGCCCAGACGGCUCUCAUUUUUUGGGCUCCCGAAUAGGGAAAACAGUUUUCAUUGUAAGCAUGGGUCCAUAAGAGCCAAGUUUCGCAGAUAAAAUUUUUGGGUAACAUUUUCAAAGUAAUUUAUGUAAUAAAAAAGCUCAGUGAAAAUUAGGAAAUAUCAUAUCAGACGAUGCAAAAGUUAAAAAAAAACAUGCUCCGACAAAUAUUGCUUUUCAAAUCAAAUACAAAAAGAUGGAAACGCAUUUAUUUCAUGUCACCUUAAUAUUUUUUUUUUUUUGAGAUGCUGGAGGUCUUUUUUGUACGGUUUGAUGGAGCAACACCCGCAUUGUUUAAUGCUCAAUUUCGCUAUGAAAUUGAUUUCGGAUGCCGGAUAUCAGAAUGAAAUAAGCAGCGUCAACUCGGCGGCACAACAGGUUGCCAUUUUACUGUUAUUAAAAUACGUUCGAAGUUUUGUUGCAGCUCGACAUUUUUUCUCGAGUAUUUUUCACGUCUCUAGAGAAGACCGUUCUGAAAAGGAAGCACGGAGAGUCGAGUGACAUUUACCAAGAUGCUUUCACUGAAUUGGUUCCCUUUUUGUGUACUGUUGAGAAACGUUUUUUUUUAGUUUCGAGUCGUGUCUCAAGGGGAGCACACCUUUGUCUACACCUAUGCUCUUCUCAAGGUUCGAAAACUUUUUAAAGCGAGUACUACAGGUGAAGUUGUUUUGCAGCGUGCAGCUCUCAAGUCCAAGGGCUGGAGAGCGGCGGCUUCUGAACAUUUGGCUGAAGAACUUCGCCUUGCCAUCAGUAAAAGGCAUCUCGUCGAGGCAACAUCUUUGCGAUUGUCAAUCACAAGAUCGCAGAAAAACGAGGUCUAGCCUUGAACCAGGGAAUGCAAAAGGUGGUGGCUAGAGAGUUUUAUGAAACUUGGUAUAUAGGUACUUCAGGACACCCGGACUCCAAAGCAUGUUGAGGAAAGUCCCUUUUAAGUUCUAGAUAAAUUAUGACACCUCAAAGUUUGCACGCAAAAAUGCAUUGAAUGGAAGGUAAGAAUGUGCUGCGGAGGCGUCUGGCGUAAAUUUUUCGACAAAAAAUUAAUUUUUUUCUUGUUUUUUUUCAAGCUCAAUGUGCUUCAAUAAACAUUGAGCUUUUUUUAUCACAAAAAAAUCAUGGAAGUUGAAAAAAAGAAAUUAAAUCAAUUUUUUUAAUUAAUUUGAUUUAUUAUAGUUUUUUUCUGAAGAAAAAGAGUCUACUGACCAUAAAGAAAGAUAGCUUCAAAUUUUUUGUUGAUAGUCUUCCUUCAAACCAGUCAAAAUAGGAGUUUUUAACAAUUUGAACAGUUGUUUUCGUUUCACCUCCAUCAGUUUAUUCAAGAAAAAAAAAAUGCAAAAAUUCAUUUAACCAAAAGGGAUCUGAGCCUACACAAUAGGCUUUGCAGCAAAAGGCCGUUAGCCACUUCACCGCACCGCCUGCUGGAAUUCUUAUUGAGCCGUCGCAACACAUCCCUAUCAAUUCCAUCCAAUGCAUUUUUGCAUGAAAACUUCGAGGUGCCCUAGACUCGACUAGACUCAAAAAGGCUUUUUAAUACAUUUGGAAUCAGGGUUUCCUGAAGUACCUAUCCACCAAGUUUCAUCAAAAUCUCAACCUACCACCUGUUGCACUUCCCAGCUGAGAUGAACUUUUCAUCGAAAACUCCAAUAUUUUUUAGGAAUCGGUGUCUUGUGUACUAAGAAAAUACUUUUCGUUUAGGCAUCUCAACACCUUACACAAGCCAUAUUCAUGAUGAUCAACAAGAAGGAGCUCAACCCAGCUGAUGUGUCUCUGAUUUACGAGGUCUCCCAUUCUUUUGUUUGUGUGUUGUUAGUCACAGCACUCAAGCUUUCCCGACUUGAAAGACGCGAUAGGCAGGUUGGCAUGGGUGACUAUUUCGUACGCGACGCACCUUUUCAGUUAAACGAACGAGAGUAUAGACAUGAUGAUGAACGUAUUUGUUCCAAAAACUUUUCUAUAAUUGCUUUGGACCUCGAGUUUUCCGCCAAAACUCGCGUCGCUUAGGCAACGAAUCGCUCUUGCCAGUCUACCCAUCUUUCCUUUCAACGGGAAAAAGUAGAUUUUAUCACUAAAUGUCCAUCAAUUUUUCAGCAUUACAUAAUGCCAUGUGCGCCGCCGAUCGACUUCAUCCGCGAGCCUUUGUUUCAAGAACUUCUGUUCGACGCUUUGUUUCAUUGUGAUGGCCCCAAGGUGAAUGGAGGACUCAUAAAUUAUCUGAAUCAGAUUAGGCGUUUCAGAUCUUGCCUUCUCAUUUUUUUUUUGUAGGAAUAUGGGACAAUUAGUGAAAUCUUCCAAAUUAUUAAGCGGACGCAGUAGUCAUAAAUUCAAGAUUUCUUGCCGUUUUAAACGGUUUUAAAAUAUUAACUUUCGCGUAAAAUGCCUCAUACAACCUAUUUUACAGGUGGGUGUCGAGCACCGCGACAAGUACAUAUACCUGGUGGCGUACGCGGCGUCUGUUGUAGAAAAAGGAACCAAGGCGCAGAAAAAUGUAUGUUUUUUUAGGCUGACGCCUAGGUUCUUUUCCGAUGUAGCCAUUUCACGGCUUUUGUUUUUCUCCGAGCUAGAGAAUUCUUCCAUUCGUUUGUGCGCGGCUUUUUUCUGUUCCAACGCCUUUAGAAUACCGAAAAUAUGCAGGCGCAUGCACAAAGACAGGCUUCUCGCAUCGAAGGGAAGGGUUCUAUAGCUCAGAGGGAAACAAAAAUUGUGACAAGCUUUCGCGGAAUGAACUAUAGAAAGAAAACUUGAAGCGGGCUCUCUCUCAAUCAAACGCUCAAUAGUCGAAUUUUUUUCCGACACAACAAUCCAAAAAAUCUAUAAAUGAAAGAAUAAAUAAACCUGUCUGUCCUGAUAUUGAAAUCAAUACAAAAAAAAGAUUAGCACGGCGGUUCUUAGAAAUAUCAAUUUUUUGUUCACUUUUACUUGUUUUUUUUUUAGCAAUCUCGCAACGACCUCGACGCUUGUCGGAUUGCACUCGAACGGGCUCUGAGUUUGUUAGAGUGUGACGACGACUGGCUUACGUUGUUGAACCCUCUAAUCGAGGUGUGCAACACGGCGGUCGUGUCUUCCGCCUUGUUGUACUUCAUCCAUAGUAUGCUCGUAAACGAGCCGCACAUUGGUAUGCUUUCAAAUAGACGAAAAAUAUGUUAUCUAUUUUUUUUCGAUCCUUUUUUCUUUUCGUUUUAACUUGAAAGAGGCUCGCUAAACUGAAUAAAGUACUGCGAAAGGCCCAGUUGAGCAUAAAAACACAGUUUAUUUGAGCGUAUUGUCUUCGACUUCUUACAAGGAAAGUGUGUGAGGUGAACAUUGCAGCUGUGGUCCAAGCUUCUGUGGUAGAUAGUCCUAGGUAUGAGUACUCGAAUAUAAAAAGAAAUAUCUGCUAAGCACCAUAGGAUACUGAGAAAUAGCCUCUCGAAAAUAAACGCAAAAAGCUCAAAAGCUGAUUUUCUUCGGUUUUUCGUUUUUUAAAACGUCUACUGUUCUUCACUAUAUCAUGAGCAACAAGAAAAGGAACUUUUUCCACGAAAAACCCACCUAGAAUUGGUUUUUGAGCUUUUCCUACACAUUUUCGACCGGCUAUUUCUCAGUACCCUAUGGCGCUUAGCAGAUAAAUCUUUUUUUUUUUGAAUACUCAAACCUGGGACUACCUACCAAAGAAGUUUGAUCCAUAUCUGCGAUGCUCACCUCACACACUUCCCUCGUUAGUCCAAAGAACUUUAGUCUUGCGCGAGAAAGGCAAAAGGUCGAGUUGUUGGAAUUGGAUGCAACUUUGUACAAAAAAACUUAAGGAACUCUUGAAUCCAAUGAAGUUGAAAAAGUGCCCCUUCAACGUUUUUUGACUAUAACUCAAAAGGCACACUUUUUCAACUUCUUUGGAUUCAGGGGGUCCAAAAUACCUCUACAAAGUUUGAUUGCAUUCCAAUACCUCUACCUUUUGCACGUUUGUUCCAGGUACAGCUCAGCUUUGAAAAUAAUGUCUAUAAAAUCAGGGCGCCGACUAGGAACAAAUUUAGUACAGCUGGAAAAGUGUUGCGAACGGCUUAGUUUACUGGUUAUGCAUAAAUAAUAAAAUAUUUAGUUUAGAGGUAAAAAACGCUCAAAAAUACAUUAACAGGGAAACUUUUGGAAGUUUUUAGAUCCGUUGGUUUCAUAAUAUUCACAUUGUUUCAUAAUUUGCCCUCCAGGCGACGUUUCUCUGGCCGUUUUCGUGCUACUCGACAAAAUUGCAACACUCCACUACAACUUGCAACCGGCCGUGUUCAACAUUUGCUGCGACUACUAUGACAAAGUUUCUUCCGAGUCCAACGUUGCCGAGGUACUCGCUAAUUUUUUUCAUGCGUAAGAAAUUGAAGGAAUACACUUAUUGCAGGUUAUUAUCGAAAGACAGCGUAUGAUUAUCGACCGACUCGUCCAUCUGUUGACAGUUGGAUCAGCGAUUCCCGUCAUCGAGAGAAUGAACAGCAUGCUCGAAGACGCCGCUAUCGACGCUUCCCUUGUCCGCUACUUUCUGUUGGAGGUACAUCAGUGUUUUCAAUGCAAGAGCUUCAGAUUUGCUUUCAUCUAACUAAUCACGAAAAUUUCAAAGAGUUCAAGAAGGAAUGCAUUACAGGUGCUUGAAAUAAUUGCGCCACCAUUCUCCGAGCAGUUUGUCGCCUUGAUGACGCCAUUGGUGGAAAAUGUUGAGAUAUUCGACAAGUUGGUUCUGGAUCGGUUUCCUCCUGCAGUCCACUUUAUCAAUCUUUGUAACAAAAACUGA